AAUAUAUGAUGAUGACCUGAUGUAUGAGACUCAGAAAAAAAUUCAUUAUAUAGUUCUUCGUUACACUGGUUUUGAAUUCAUUUCUCAAUUGACCAGGCAAGGGAAGUGGUAUAUUGAAGAUCAAUCCAUUGCAGUGGAGGGAGAUCUUUAUUUUUUUGUUGUUGGUGGGAUAAAUCAUAGGUAUCAAUAAAUAGAGAGUUGGGUGUUCUAGAAAGAGACGAGCAUCCGCCUACGAUACAAACGCAAAUUGAGAGAUUCUGUGUUGUAGAAAUUGUUGUCUUUGGAACUGAUUUUGGGUUUGAAUUCAAUUCUCUGCUAGUUUCUUCAUCUGGGUCUUCAAUGGCGAGUUGGGUGGUUUCAGAAUGUGGUCUGAGACCCCUCCCUCGAAUCUACCCUCGACCCAGAACUGGAAUAUCGUCUACCGAGACCAGUCAGUUGAAGUGCAGAGCUUUACCGCUCUGCAAGAAUGGAAAAGCUCCUUCAUUGUGGGUCUCAGGAGGGAGCAGAAGCAGGGAGUGGGGGCUGAAAGUGAGUGCGCCACUGAUGGUUGGGUCUGUUGAUGAAGAAUUCAGGGAAGGAGAGGCCAUUAAUGGAGUUAGUGAGCUGGGGUUGGGGGAAGGUGAUGGUGACGGUGGGUUCGACCCUGGUGCGCCGCCGCCUUUCAGAUUGGCGGAGAUCAGAGCAGCGAUUCCGAAGCAUUGUUGGAUGAAGGAUCCAUGGAGAUCUAUGAGCUAUGUUGUGAGGGAUGUUGCUGUGGUUUUUGGAUUGGCGGCUGCAGCGGCUUAUUUCAACCAUUGGGCUGUUUGGCCUCUGUACUGGUUCGCUCAGGGGACCAUGUUCUGGGCUCUCUUUGUUCUUGGUCAUGACUGCGGCCAUGGCAGCUUUUCAAGCAAUCCGAAGCUGAAUAGCGUGGUGGGUCAUCUCCUUCAUUCUUCAAUUCUUGUCCCCUACCAUGGAUGGAGGAUUAGUCAUAGGACCCAUCAUCAGAACCAUGGACAUGUUGAGAAUGAUGAAUCAUGGCAUCCAUUGUCCGAAAAGAUUUACAGGAGUUUGGAUACCGCUACUAGAACAUUGAGAUUCACCUUGCCUUUUCCCAUGCUUGCAUAUCCCCUUUAUCUGUGGGGUAGGAGUCCUGGAAAGACCGGCUCUCAUUUUGACCCGAACAGCGAUUUGUUCAUCCCAAAUGAGAGGAAAGAUGUAAUCACCUCUACUGUGUGCUGGUCUGCAAUGGCUGCACUGCUUGUAUGCUUAUCCUUUGUGAUGGGUCCCGUCCAAAUGCUCAAACUCUAUGGCAUUCCCUACUGGAUUUUCGUCAUGUGGUUGGAUUUAGUGACUUACUUGCAUCACCAUGGCCAUGAAGAGAAGCUUCCUUGGUAUCGUGGAAAGGAAUGGAGUUAUCUGAGAGGAGGGCUCACAACUCUUGACCGUGACUAUGGAGUUAUCAAUAACAUCCACCAUGAUAUUGGGACUCAUGUUAUACAUCAUCUCUUCCCACAAAUCCCACACUAUCACCUCGUAGAAGCAACUAAAGCAGCUAAGCCAGUUCUUGGGAAGUACUACCGGGAGCCAAAGAAAUCGGGGCCUCUCCCGUUUCACCUACUGGGAAGCCUCAUCAGAAGCAUGAAACAGGAUCACUAUGUCAGUGACACUGGGGAUGUUGUGUAUUAUCAGAAGGACCCACAGCUCCCUGGAUCUCAGAAAUCAGAAUGAAGCUGUGAAAUUUAUCAAGUACAGAGGAAAGCCAACCGAGCUAUUGAUUCUUCAUCAGUAAUUGUUUAACUACUUUUGAAUUAUUAUUUUUACCAUAUUAAAUUUAUUCCUUAUUCUAUCUCCUACAAUGGGGGAGGGAUACGUAUCAAAUAGAGGAGGAUAAAAUAAAGAUACAGAAUUGUUCAGGGAUGGUUAGUAGACUUUUUGAGUAGCGGAUGUAAGGCUGCAAGUUGAAGGUUUAAUGGGUAUUGGAGUCAUUGGAUA